AUGUUGUCAGAACAAAGUAGACAGAAGUCAUAUGCUGAUAAUAGACAGAGAAACUUAGAGUUUCAAGUGAGAGAUCACGUAUUCCUGAAGGUCUCACCAACUAAAGGGGUAAUGAGGUUUGGCAAGAAAGGAAAAUUAAGCCCUCGGUAUAUAGGACUCUUCGAGAUCUUAGAAAAGGUUGGAACGGUGGCUUAUUGUUUGGCGCUACCACCAGACCUCUCGAAUAUUCACCCCGCAUUCCAUGUGUCAAUGCUUAGGAAAUAUAACCCCGAUCCAUCUCAUAUAAUACGAUAUGAAACCAUCCAGUUGCAAGAUGAUCUAACCUAUGAGGAGCAAUCGGUGGCUAUCCUUGAUAAGCAAGUCAAAAAGCUCUGUUCAAAGGAUGUAACCUUAGUGAAAGUGUUAUGGCGAAACCACACUAGUGAAGAGAUAACGUGGGAAGCCGAGGAGGAGAUGCAAACCAAAUAUCCACACCUCUUUGAUGCUUAG